AUGAUUGUCAAAGGAACAGCAUUCCCUGAAAACAAGCAGGAGAAGGCCCACAUAAGAGUCAGGUUUGCAGAGAUGCAAGCCUGCCCACACCUAUGCAACACACGAGAGCAUCCUGAAUCACGAACGCGCAACAUCCAUCCAUCCAGAACCCCCGUGCGCGCUCCCGUGCUGCAGGAGGGGGCGGGCCACAGAGCCACAGAGCGCGCAGUGGUGAGCCUGCUGCUGCUGCUUCUGCUGACGGUGAAAAUGAUGGCGACCGCCGCAGAGGAGAUCAGCAGCAUCCACACGGACCGCUCCUCUGCCCCUGCCCGCUGCCCGGACCGCCUCCCCGCCCCGGAGCUGUGCGUCGUGGACCCGCUGUCCGUGAGGCUCCGACAGCAGGAGCGGUCGUGGAGGCAGCGCUGGGUUUACCUGCAGUGCUAUUUCCUGACCAUAGCGACCAUACUGGGAACAGGAAUCCUUGGUCUCCCUGUGACUAUAGCUCAUGCAGGACUGUUGCCUUUCCUUGUCUCAUUUCUCGUGGGAUUCUCUGUCCAGGCCUUGUUGAUCUACCUCUUUGUGGACCUUCUUCAGAGAUGUCAGGUCAUACAACUGGAGACUCUGAAGACUGGGGUGGCAGAGUGUAUUGUGAUGAGCCCCAUGGGAACAGAACCACAGAGCUUAACAGACGAUGAAGAGGAGGAUGAUGGAGAGAACACCAGAGCUGACACAGGUUUGCUGUACCCCAGCUCCUCCUCUGCUCCUCCUCCUCACCCUGAGACUCUGCAGCCUCAUCUACACAUGCUGGGACGACUGUUCCUGCCCCGGCCUAUGAGCCAUGCAUUCGACUGCAUCCUGCUCUUCCACUUUAUUUCCAUUGGAAUCAGUUAUGUUUUGGCAGGAAGUGAAGCGUACGCGUCUCUCCUCAAUAUCAAGCACAUCUACAUAAUCCCAGUAUUCACGUGGAUCCUGAGUCUGUCCAUUCUCCUGGCCCAUAGAGUCAUCCAGCCAAUCACAUCUGUGCUCACGCUGCUGAAGGGAGUGCUCCUCAUUGUUACGGUGGCGGUGACGUUUGCUGUGGGCUCGGAGGUGGGUCUCCAUAGCAACAGUGACUUCUCUCAGAUGGGGCGGCCCUUCCUCAUGGGCACUGUGGCUCUAGGAGGGAUCGUGAACGUGAUGCCGAUGCUCUUCUCUCAGAUCUCACACAGCAAGACCCAGAUCCUGUGGUUUCGGAGAGCAGUGCUGGGAGGCCUGACCACGUGUACUGUGCUCAACAUCCUCUGGUGCUGGGCAGUACUGGAGAUCGUCCCUCAGACCACAGUCCAGAGCUCAGACCUGGGCCAGUCCACUCCAGAGCCGUCCACUCUGCUCCUCACAAACGUCUCCCUGGAGCAGUCAGAAAAAGAUGGGGAGAUUGCUACUAUACCUCUCACAAAGAUCAUCGAGGAGCGCUACAGUGUCUUCUCGUGGGUGGCAGUUCUCAUCCAGGUCUUCAUCUCCAUCAGUGUGACUGUGUCCUUCCUGGUCAUGGGCUCUGCUCUGAAACACACAGUGGACGGGCUGGUGACCUCUGCCUGGAGUGGCUCUCUGGAGUGGCUCUCCAAAUGCUGGAAACAACAACUCCCAGACAGACCGCCCCUGUGCUCCGCUCUCAGCCUGGUUAAAGGACUGCUGUGUCUACUGGGCUUCACCAUCAUCUUCAUCGUGUCCAUGUGCGAUCCAAAGGGCUUCGUGGUGAUCUUGGACAAAGUGGUGUCCUUCUCUCUGAACACUGAGGUGGGACUCUUCGUCUUCUUUAUGCUGCGAGAGUCCAGAGAAGAACAGUACCAGAGUGUGAACGUGCCUCUCCCGGUGGGCGACUGUGUCUUCAGCCUCUCGUGGCUCCUCCCCUGUUACUUCCUGUUCGCGGUGGUCUACGACGUCCUGCAGACCGUGGCCGACCUGCUGCCCCUCCUGCCUCACUCGCACUGGGCUCUGAACCACACCCUCGCCCUGUCCUGGACCGCCUACAACUCGUCCGGACUUCUCUGACCCCAGUACGUGACCUUUGAACUUUCACCACAGAAAAGCAGCAAGAGCACCGAGGUUAAAAGAGACUGUAUGGGCUUUUUGGGACACUUUUUGCAAUGGUAUUUCAAGUUAUAAUAAAUUCUCUAGCUGCAGUACUCCAGUGAUUUUUA